CUCUCUCUCUCUCUCGUUCGUUGCCCGAAAGACUUUGUUGUAGAGUCCGACGUCAUUAAUGUGGUCUGGGCCCCGGUGCGCGAGUCUCUGCUCGUCCACGGUGGUUAAUUGCCUCCGCCUACCAGCUGGCAACUUGUCAGUGAUUUGUCCUUUUAGUGUUGUUAGUAUUCCAACGCGGCCAGUCAGCCGUCUGCUAGCCGUCGGGACGACGCCGGAUUCGAGGCUACCUACGGCUUUAUGAAUGACUAGCGAGGCGGGGGGAAUGCCAGUUAGCGAGACCGGGCUCCAGUGGGACCAGCCGCCGAUGAGAGCGAUUAACGGCGAGGCGGAGCCGUGGCUCACUGCGGAAAAAGGCGAGCCUGACUGCCGCAGACUGGCGUGGAAACGCACCGUGAGAGGGACACGCUCCACAGCGUAGAGCAACGACGGCGCCGUGAACACAAUGUCCAUUCACAUUGUGGCUCUGGGGAGCGAGUGCCCCGGUGGUGUCGGGUCAGGGGAAGAGAUAAUGGGCCAGGGCCAGCUGCAGGGAGGUCUGCUGUGGAGCUAUUUGGGCCACGGGGCGCUUGUGGGUCCCAGUGACCUGGAGAGGAGCCUGCAUAAUCCAGCCUUCAUGGAAUACACCUCACGUGUCUUUGGAGAUGUGACCAUCGUGGUCCAAGACUGUCCCAGCUGGGACUUGUUGGACAGCGACUGGGCCAGCGUACGUAAGGUGCUUGAGCAGGCGGACAUUCUGGUCAUCAAGUAUUCGGUGACCGACAAGCUGGCCUUCCAGCAGGUUAGGAAUGGAUAUGCUCCGAGACUGCGCCCACUUCUUAGGCACUGGGGCGUGCCCGUCAUCUUGGUGGCAGUUGGCGCGAGGCUAAACGACGAGGGCCCUCCCUGUACAUGCCCGCUGUGCGCGUCUGACUGGAGCAGCUGCGUGCCUCACAGUGAAGGUCUGCAGCUGUCCCGGGACCUUGGGGCCACCUACCUGGAGUUACCCUCGCUUAACCAUGUGUUCGUGGGUCGCUACUUUGGCAGCGUGUUGGAGUACUUCAUGAUUCAGUGUCUGAAACACAAAGCCAAAGAGAAGCCAGAAAAGAGGCGAGGACAUAAAGUCAACGAGCUUCGCCCGCCUCACUUGGAACAACCAGCUUGUCUUCCUCCAAUUCGAGUGGAGGAGUCCAGCUUCUCGCAAGACAUGCAGUGGUUGUUGGAACGCGGCGUGCAGUUUGCCGACGUGGCCUUCUACGCCGGCGACUCUGGGAAAGAACUCGGGUGGGCUCACGCCUCGGUGCUCUGCGCCGUCAGCCCGUAUUUCCGACAGCUGCUCCUGGGGCCCAAGACCAGGGAGCGGCCGCAGUCGCGCUGCGUCUGCCGGGAGAGGGAUGCGACCCCUCACUCCUUACUCUCCACCUGGGACGGUGCAAUAAUUGACGACAUGCCUCGAUCUGAGGGACACCUGGCCGGUCGCCUCUCUCGUCUGGUGGUGAAGGACCCUCUCUUGUGUAUGUGCUUAUGGGAGACUCUCAUGUUCAUUUACAGAGGCGCGUGGGAGUGGGAGCACCUGCAGGAGGCCUUGGAAGAGAAACUGAAGAACUCGCUUGCAGUGGCUCAGCUCAUGGAGCGCAUACGAUCGCUUAUCGGCAGAGACAGGGGCACCAGAGACACCCCAAGCGCACGCGCGGCCCAGCUCGGCCCCCAGACUCUCGUCAACCUCUUCAAUUCCCCUCUUUAUUCGGACGUCAUCUUCAUGGUGCAGGGGAGCGUAUUGCCAGCACAUCGAGCAGUGCUGGUGGCGCGUUGUGACGUCAUGGCGGCCAUGUUUAGUGGCAAGUACGCGGAGGCCCGCAGUCGAGUGGUGCCCAUCCACGGGGUUUCGUCCGACACCUUCCUGUCGUUCCUGGAGUACCUCUACACAGACUCUUGCUGUCCCGCCAGCGUGUUGCAGGCCAUGGCCGUGCUGGUGUGUGCGGAGAUGUACCAGGUGAAACGGCUGCAGCAUCUGUGCGAGGUGUGCGUCUGCGCUUACCUGCAGAGCAUGCCCAGCAGAGAGCUGGCGUCAACUGGCAUCAGCGUGAUCCGACUCCUCCGAAGGGCAAAGUGUCACAACGCCGAGCAGCUGUACGUGUGGCUCCUCCACUUCAUUGCCAACAACUACCUGAUCUUCAGCCACAAGCCUGACUUUUUGGAGCUUUCAGAAGAGGAGCGGGAGCAGGUGGAGAGGCUUCGAUGGCCAUCCAGAGGGUAUCUGCAGGAGCUCAACGAGUACCAGCAACGGCGACGCAAAUUACGCAAGUCUCGCUGCACGGUCAUGUGACGUCACCUAGAUGCAGAGAAAGGUCGAGCAACAAGAAGAAGGAAAAAAAAAAAGAACACAUUUGCAAAGGGGCUGGCAAAUUCCUGGAAAGUUUCCAUGGGAAGUUAAACUGGGGGAAUUUUGGAAAUAUUCAAAACUGGAAACUUUCAAAGGGAAUUAAUUUGAAUUGAUGGGAAUUUAAUAGUAAGGGAACGUAAUGGUAGCAUAAUUGCCCCGGGGUUUUUUUUUUCCACUCAAGUGGCAACCUAUCUGAGGCUUGAAUUUUGGCUCAAAACACAAAUGGGGGGGGGGGGGGACAACCCAGGCGACAAAAGAACCCUGCAUCAUACCUAAAUUUCAGUUCCAAUGUAUUAAAUUCCUCAUAAAUUCCCAUGCAAAGCUCCCAACUUUGAAAAAUCCCUCCAUUUUGCAACCCUAUCAACCACCACGGCAUGACGCUUUCUGUCAUCAUUCCACUUAGGCCAAUAUCAAAACGACCGAUGCCUAAACACCGGUAUGCAUAUAAAACAACUGCACCGUGGAAGAUUCAAUUUCAGGUUGGCAGAUGCGGUCUUUAUGACUCUCAAAACUGUGACAUCGAAUGGCUCCAUCCCGUGGACUCCCAACCAUCAGGAUCAUGUGCUUGCCCCUUCAAAAUGGUCGCAGGUAUUGCUGGACAAGUGGGAGAAGGCCUGCGUGGUUAUUUUUUCUACUUGGCCCUUGCCCUGUCAGGAUGUGUGGCUCCCCUGUAGUGGACACGAUUAAAUUAUUUGCUUAUGCAUUUGUAAAUUUCCCCAGUGUGGGACAAAUAAAGGAUAUCUUAUAAAGGAUAUCUUAUAUCAUGCCUCUAGUGGACAUAGAGCAUCAUUUGAAUUUCAUUCGGCGAGGCACUGAACACUAAAACGAAAUUGUGGAAGUUGGGGUUGGUUUGCUCUCAUAAGCUAAUAGAAGGCACAACCAUUUUUUUGGACAAUUUAUGGUGUUCCUAAUCAUUGAAUUCUACCCAAUCUAUAGGAGUAAGAGAUUUCAUUAUUACAUGACAUUGCAUUCAUUCAGCUUGUAGUCUGUGUCAGACGUGGACAUUUCAAAUUGGCUGAAAAUUAAAUCAUUUAAUGUAUGAAACACUUGAGUGGCGCAUACAUCACUCAGCACACAGGAUGGCAAUAGACGGGCAAUAACUUUGGUCACGCUUGCAUGAUGUGGAGUAUGACGAUUUCGGGGAAAGAUUCACAUCCACAUAUCUGUUGCUACAUUAAAAAAAAAUCACAAUGCCUCUGGUUCGAUACACUAUUGUACCAGUUUCUACUUUAAAUUAUGAUUAUUUGGUGCUGCAAUUAUUUUUGUAAAAUCCACGUUUUUUUAUAUUCCAACAGUAUGUUUUGUUUUUUAACUGUACUGUACAACACUGAUGAUUUUCAUAAAAGCUUUAUCAUUCUUGAUUAAACAAUAUUUGCUGUGCAUUGAAAGAGCCAAGUGAAAGUGUAACAGUUGAAAGCAGACAACUAACACUACAACAUCAUCAGUAAAAUAAAUUGUUGUUGACCAGUUCGGGGUGACCCCCGCCUCUUGCUCACCCGCGACCCUUACGAGACCGAUGCGGAUGGAACAAAGAGCAUAACUUUCAGAAUGGUGCCGCUGUGUUUUCCUCUUCUUCUAAGACCAGAUUCACAUCAAGUAUGACCUGCACUAUGCGCAAGACACACAUUUGUACUAAUUUGUUCAAAAUGUCAAUGAUAAUCUGUAAAUACAGAACAAAACAGGCUGGGGAUGCAGGUAUCACAGCAUCUUGUGCAUUUCUUUCCCUUGCUUGUAAAAAUCGAUUCAACUCUUUUAGUACCCUACCUGACAGUUUAUGGGAAGUCACUGGAGAACCCCAAUGGACUGCAACAUUCCCUCCAGUUUGCCACUCUUAUGCAGCUCAGCCACAUCACUGCCACCACCGACACACUCCUCUCCGAUGAACACCCGUGGGACCUAAAUUCCAAUUAACAGCAGAAAUGAGACAAUGUUAAAAA